AUGACUGGUUACGGAAGCGGAGGAUACGGUGGAUAUGGUGGAUAUAGCGGAUACGGCGGAUAUGGCGGAUAUGGCAAUAUGGGAGGCUACGGCGGAUAUGGCAAUAUGGGAGGCUACGGCGGAUAUGGCAACAUGGGAGGCUACGGCAUCAGUGGCUUAGGAGGUAUUGGCGGGCUUAGCGGCUACGGAACAUUAGGUUAUGGCGGCACAGGUAUCAGCGGUGGCUAUGGAGGAUUAAAUAGUCUUGGCGGAUAUGGCAUGCCUUGUGGAGCCAACUGCGCGUUUCGAAAACAAAGAAAUCUCAUCACUGAGGGAGCUGACAAAAUGAUGCAGCAAAAUGACGAAGCAAAUUUUCCAAAUGAUUUGGCAUACAAACUGUUUGCACAGCCGAACCUGGAAAAGCCGUUGAAGGACGCUGAAAUCCGGUCGGUGACGUAG